UGGCGUGCGUGACUUCGCUGUCACAAGUAUUUUUGUACUUGUUAGGCAGCCUUUGGUCACACUCGUGAUUUAUUGUCCAUGGUUCGAAUGAUUAAACUAUAGUUGAAGAUUGAUUAAAGUAUUUGAAACGUUUUCAGUAAGCGUUUACGGUUCGAACUUUUUGCAUAAUUUUGAAGAUGAGAAAGUUGGAAAACAAAAGGUUGAAACUUGCGCUGGUCAUCACAUCAGCAUCACUGGUUACGAUGGCUGUGAUGAGUCGUCAUAUCCAACUUCGUGUUGAUGUCGACAAAAGAGUGCCUGAAUUUCAUACACAGAACACAGGACUCGCCGAGAAUGAAAUGUAUCUGCGAAGAACGACGAAUCUGGCACAAAGACACAAUGAUGUCCAUGUUACGUGUCAAAUUUUUGAAGAAAAGAUUAGUGAACUAAACCAACGGCUGACGAGGAUAUCGAAGUCUCUGGAGCGUCUGUGGUGUGCCACAAAAGACGUCAUGAGCACCGGCGGCUUCUGCGUCACCGCAGACAGACUUUACACCGGCGGCAACAGCUUCUUUGACCCGGAGAUGUGUUACUUCGUGGAGGCGUUGGUCGGCAACGUCUCGAUUGCGGACUUCGGUGCAGGGCUCGGCAAGUACGGCAUGUGCUUCCUGCGUAAAAACCAAACGGAAUUUCGACUGGACGAUAAACAACGAUCGCAAUACAUCGCCGACUUGCAAACGGAUUUGAACGAUAUUCAGAACAAGCCUCAAAUCGUCUAUUCCUGGCAUGGUUUCGACGGCGGCAUCGACAUCGAGGAGGUGAGCGGCGGCUUCAUCGCGCACGCCGACCUCAGCGAGGAGGGACUCUGGCUCGGUAGGAGGUGGGACUGGGUGAUGAGCAUCGAGGUGGGGGAGCACAUCCAUCCUAAACAUGAGGACUUCUUCCUUGAUAACCUCAUCCGCCAUGCUUGUGCAGGGAUAAUUUUGACGUGGGCGGUGGAGGGCCAGCCUGGUCACUACCACGUCAACAACCACAACAACGAUUACAUCAAGCAAAGGAUGCGCGACAAAGGCCUCAUCGUGGACGAAGAUGCCGAGAAACUAUUGAGGCAAGUGACGAGGAAGUACCUGAUCAACACUCCCAUGGUUUUCAGGCUCCCAAGCCCCAAAUCGUGCCUCACUAAAUAAUGUUAUUUAUGUGCCAAACCAAAGAAGGAAUGUGAUCGGCCACUGUCGCAAUAUUAAACCUGAUCAACUGUAAAUUUCCCUGUAAUAAUUAAACCUUAAUAAUUACCGUGGCUGCCCAGACAACUGAGGUUUCCUUGCAGUCGCCACCAAAGUUAGAGUGUAAAAG